GCGACCUGAAACAAUCUGCCUAUAAAUCUCUUUGUGUUGGGAGCUGAAGCGAACACGAUGGUAGUAUACUCAAAGGAGUGUUGGGCGAAAUCGGACACUUAUUGGAACUCGCAGUUGGGACAAUGCGAACCGUGCGAAAAAAGGUUUAGGACGAAGGCAGGGUAUGGGUUUGCCCAAAACUGCGGUUUGCAAGACGACGGCGGACGAACAGUUCCAUUGCACAAGCCGUGUGAAAAUGGAACGUUCAACAAUGGAAGUUUCGUUGCCUGCAGAAAGUGCAGGUCCUGCCCACCUGGCCAACAAGCACUGGCAUUGUGCAAUACUACCACGGACACACAGUGUUGUGAAAAGGAGAUGGUCAGUCAUGGGAAGUGCCGGAGACCUGAGACCACGACUCCACCCAGAGAGGCCCCAACCGACCGGGAUUCGAACCCAGGACCUCCCUGCUGUGAGGCGACAGUGCUACCCACCGCACCACCGGAGUUAACAUCACAGUCCAUGACCAGUCUACCUCCAGAAGGAUCCAGUGGCCCAAGUUACCACUACGCUUGGAUUGCUGCUGUGCUGCUCCUGUUCCUUGUCGGUCUUCUUCAGCUCAUUUUCAAAGACAAGAAAAUGAAGUGCUAUAGAAAAGGAGACCCCAGUCAUGUCAAGAAAAAUAUGAACUUACUACCUCACAAGGACAAGAAAGUGGAUGAGCUUUUAGCCCCCCGCAUCCAGGAGGCUCCGCUGCAGACCGUGCUGGACAACUUGGACGUUCUGGAGGAGCUCGUCAUGCUGCUGGACCCGGAGAACUCCGUUGCCAAGACAACCCGCCACGUAGCAACCCGCUGCUCUUUCUCCGCUACGUGGAUCAACUACGCAUAUUCCAUGAGGGACAUCAAGAGUCCGCUGAAGUCUGUGCUGGAGGCGGUCACGACCAAAUUCCCGGAAUGGACCGUCGGACACCUGGCGAGGGUGUUCCACGACAUAGACCGAAACGACGCAGUGGCGGUCCUGGCGAAGCUGAAAGAGAAGCCACGCCUCCAUUCACAGGAGGUUCUGCUGCUUUACUGAAGGAGAGAGGUCCACCCACGUUCCCAUGCGUCGUCUUAUUUUGUACGUCCGCAAGAUGCACUUCAGAGCCGAGAGUAUGUAUGCGAUGAAUAAGAAUUUUGCUGAUCACAAUUCCAAGUCACACCAUUCAAAGAUGCACACAAUCAAACGGUUACCAGUACAAAACAACUGUGACCGCUAUCCCCCGUAAGGCUCCGCACCAAAGGUCAGAGGUUUGCACCUUUUUAUAAACCGUGUCGGAGUCUGCAGUUAAAAACUGAAGUAAAUCCUACUCCUAACAUUAAAUUUUAGAUGGUUUACUUGAGUUUUUUUUUUUUUUUUUUUUAAGAAUGACACAAAUGACAUUUAGCAUGCAUUUUAUUGUAUUUGUCUUUUUUUUCCCUUAUAAUUGUAUUCUUUUUCUUGUAGAUGCAUCUGUGAGAAGCUGCAAAAAGCUCUACACCAAUAAAACUGUCAGCUUGCUUUAUCAUUGA